UAGCCCUCUACGUCGAAGAAAUUUUCAGUUGACCAAAAUUUAGUUAACCCUUUUAUGUUUUCAUCUGAUGAAAACCCUGAAAAUGAACAGUUUGAAAAAGAUGGCCACAGAAUGGAAAAAACUUAUUAAUUAUUUUUUAAUAACUUGAUCAUGAUAACCCAUACAUUUAUAAAUGGAUAUGACUUCAAAAUAAAUAAUAAUGAAUCAUUGUGAAGAACUAUAUGGACUUCUAUGAAGGAAAAUGCAAAUAAUUUGAUUAAUGCCACUACAAAAUGUUUAGAUGCGACACGCCGACACGUGUUGAUAAUUUGAAAAUAAGCAGAAAGAAGAAAGAUUCAGAACUAAUAACAGCUGGACACUUCAGAAAAAUUAUAAAUUUGGAAAAAAAGAAACAUCCUCUACCUCGUACCUCUUUCAACCAAUUACAGCCAAAUUAUAAUAUCUGUGAUCCAUCUCCAAUAAUCAAUGUAACUACAAUUGCUUCUAAUUCUUCAAGUGUUCUACCUAAUUACCAUUUUGUUGAAUAUCCUUUGAAUGACAUAUUAACAACACAAAAUAAUACACCGUUUAAUGUUUCAAACAUUUCAUCUGAUAACCCUAUUGGUCAAAAUGUACAGCCUUAUAAUAUUGAUGGUAUUGACUUAAAAGAUAAAAUUCGAUCUUGGAUAUUACAUCAUAAGGUAUCUCAUAAUUGUGUCAAUUCUAUAUUAAAAAUUAUGAAAUCUGAAGGUUUACAAGUUCCUAGUGAUGUACCUACCUUGAUGAAAACACCUCUGUCUCAUGAAAUUUUUAAUAUUGAUAACGGUUCUUACAUCCACUUUGGACUAGAAAAAAUGUUAACUCCAAUUUUAAAAAAGUACUUCAAUAAAAUAGACUUCAAUAAUGUUUUAAAAAUAGGAAUUAAUAUAGAUGGCCUGCCAAUUUCAAAAUGUUCUAAAAAUCAGCUAUGGCCAAUAUUAUUAUCAAUAAUUAACUGUAAUGAAUUAUCUGAUUUUGUAAUUCCAAUAGGGAUAUUUCAAGGAUUAACAAAACCAUCGUCAGUUACUGAAUUCUUCCACCCCUUUUUAUUGGAUAUUUCUGCAUUGUUAGAAAGUGGUCUUUGUGUAAAUGAUAAAAUAUUUAAAUUUGAGAUAAGUCAUAUUGUUUGUGAUUUUCCCGCUAAGGCAUUUUUAUUGAAUGUAAAAGGACAUAACGGUUAUUUUGGUUGUUCAUCGUGUACUCAAGAGGGCAGGUAUUUACAAAAUAGAAUGACAUUUCCUGAUAUUGAUGCUCCAUUAAGAUCUAAUGAAAGUUUUCGUAAUAGAGUAAAUGAAGAUUAUCAUAAAGGUGAUAGUCCGUUAGAACUAUUACCCAUUAAUAUUGUGGACAGCGUUUGUUUAGAUUACAUGCAUAAUAAUUAUAUGCCUUGGAAUCACUAAAAGAUUUGUUGAAUUUUGGGUAAAGGGUAAAAAAGAUGUUCGAUUAAACGAGGAAAGUAGAAAACAAAUUACUGUUGACUUAUCAAACUUAGACCUUCUGUGCCAUCAGAAUUUAGCCGCCUACCGAGAGCAAUAGAAGAUAUAGAUUAUUGGAAAGCUACCGAACUUAGAUCGUUUUUAUUGUAUUAUGGUCCAAUAAUUUUAAAAGGAAAAUUAAAAAAAAACUUUUUUUCCCAUUUUAUGCUGUUAUCUUGUGGAGUUAAAAUUUUAAUAAGUAGUUCUAUAUGUCAAACUCAUAAUGAUAUAGCUUUAACAUUAUUUAAACAAUUUAUAACUUUGUAUUCGUCAUUAUAUGGCGAACAAUUUAUUUCUUAUAAUGUGCAUAGUUUGCUACACUUACCAAUGUUUGUGAGAAUUCAUGGCCCGCUUGAUAAUUUCAGCUGUUUUAAAUAUGAAAAUUUUUUACAAUAUAUAAAAAAAUCAAUUAAAUGUGCAAAAUAUCCACUCCAAGAAAUUUUUAAUAGAAUAAUUGAAAAACAAAAGGUCUUUAUAUCUAACCCACUAAAAGAAUGUAACUAUAUGGUACUGAAAGAAAUGAAAAACAGAAUUCCUUCUAAACAUUGUAACUUAAGUGAUACAAUUUUUGAAAAAAUAAUUCUACUUAAUUUAAAAAUAACAAUUAAUGUAUUAAAAGAGAAAGAUAAGUUUUUUUAUCUUAAAAAUAAUUGUCUGGUAGUUAUUAAAUGCAUUGUACAAAGUAAUAAAAAUGAAAUUAAACUAAUUGUUGAUUCAUUUUUGAGUGUAUCUGAAAUUUUUUCGUUCCCUAUAUCUUCUAUUACCAUUGGCUUAUAUUUAGUAGAUCUCAAUUUAGUAUCUGAAAGUAUUACUAUAUCCAUUACUGAUAUUAAAUAUAAAUGUUUUGUGGUAGGUAUAGGUUUAGAUAAAGCAAUCAUGACUGUACUAACUCAUUCAUUGCAUGAAAUAAUUAAUAAUGAGUAGGUAAAUACAAAUGUAUAUAGUAAUAUAUAAUAUAUUAUAACUUUUUAUGUGA